CAAAUUUAAAUUAUUAACAAAUGCUCUUAGUACGUUUAUCAUUAAAAUUCUUAGGAUUUAGUUAAAAAUUAUAAGAGCAUUAUUUAAGUAAUUAAUAGCAGAAACGAAAAAUUCAGCUAUAAAUUGGUGAGGGGUUUGGUUAUUUGUGUAACAUUUCAAGUUUCAACAAUUGUAAGCGAGAGAGAUAGAAGUGUUGUGUCAAGAGAGGAUGCCUCGCGGAACGCUUGAAGUCAUUCUUGUCAGCGCAAAAGGUCUUAAGGACGCUGAUUUUCUCAGUAAAAAAAAUGGAUCCUUAUGUAAUUCUCACUUAUCGAGCACAGGAGAAUAGAAGCAGUGUGGCAAGAGGUGGAGGAUCUAACCCUCGUUGGAAUGAGAGCUUUCUUUUCACAGUUUCUGAUAAUGUUGCUGAACUUAAUCUGAGGAUUAUGGACAAAGAUACUUUUACUCGGGAUGAUUUUCUUGGUGAGGCAAGAAUUCCAUUAGAACCAGUUUUUGCUGCGGGUAGCAUUCAGGAAACUUCUUACAAUGUUGUUAAGAACCAGAAUUAUUGUGGGGAGAUUAAGGUGGCUCUCACUUUUAAUCCCGAGUGGUAACUUGGGUGAUGAACUCCAAGAGGAAAGCUAUAAACAUGGGAGGAUGAGGAUGGAAUGAAGAGAGUUACAGGAGACAAGAUCUAUAAGUAUUUUAAAAAAAUAAAAGUAUUAAAUGGAUUUUGAAAAAUUUUUGUAAUAAAUUUAUAUAUCUUGGUGAUAAAAAGAUGAAAUGCGUUCUACUUGAAAAUUUUCAUAAAUUUAUUAGUCGUGUGUUGCAAUUAUUGGAUAAUUCACUUGAUAAUAUAUUUUUUUCAAGAAUUUAUAAAUCUAUCAUA